UUGGGGAAGAUGGCGGCGGCCGCGAGCACCCUUCUCUUCUUGCCGCCGGGGACUUCAGAUUGAGCCUUCUCGGGAAGAGUGGGGACUGCAGGCGCCCUGCGUCCCGGGAGCCCGAACCAACUUGGUUCCUCUGUUAGUGGUGAGGAGGGGCAUAUCCUCUUGUGUAGGACUCAGGCCCUUCCAGCUGUCAGGAUGAAGGCUCAGGGGGAAACCGAGGAGUCGGAAAAGCUGAGUAAGAUGAGUUCUCUCUUGGAACGGCUCCAUGCAAAAUUUAACCAAAAUAGACCUUGGAGUGAAACCAUUAAGCUUGUGCGUCAAGUCAUGGAGAAGAGGGUUGUGAUGAGUUCUGGAGGGCACCAACAUUUGGUCAGCUGUUUGGAGACGCUGCAGAAAGCUCUCAAAGUAACAUCUUUACCAGCAAUGACUGACCGUUUGGAGUCUAUAGCAAGACAGAAUGGACUGGGCUCUCAUCUCAGUGCCAGUGGCACUGAAUGUUACAUCACGUCAGAUAUGUUCUAUGUGGAAGUGCAGUUAGAUCCUGCAGGACAGCUGUGUGAUGUAAAGGUGGCUCACCAUGGGGAGAAUCCUGUGAGCUGUCCAGAGCUUGUACAGCAGCUAAGGGAAAAAAAUUUUGAUGAAUUUUCUAAGCACCUUAAGGGUCUUGUUAAUCUUUAUAACCUUCCAGGGGACAACAAACUAAAGACUAAAAUGUACUUGGCUCUCCAAUCCUUAGAACAGGAUCUAUCUAAAAUGGCAGUUAUGUAUUGGAAAGCAACCAAUGCUGGUCCCUUGGAUAAGAUUCUUCAUGGAAGUGUUGGCUAUCUCACUCCAAGAAGUGGGGGUCAUUUAAUGAACUUGAAGUAUUAUGCCUCUCCUUCUGACCUGCUGGAUGAUAAGACUACAUCCCCUAUCAUUUUGCAUGAGAAUAAUGUUCCUCGAUCUUUGGGCAUGAAUGCAUCGGUGACAAUCGAAGGAACAUCUGCUAUGUAUAAACUCCCAAUUGCACCAUUAAUUAUGGGGUCACAUCCAGUUGACAACAAAUGGACUCCCUCCUUCUCCUCAAUCACCAGUGCCAACAGUGUUGAUCUUCCUGCCUGUUUCUUCUUGAAAUUUCCCCAGCCAAUCCCAGUAUCUAGAGCAUUUGUUCAGAAACUUCAGAACUGCACAGGAAUUCCAUUGUUUGAAACCCAACCAACUUAUGUACCCCUUUAUGAACUGAUCACUCAAUUUGAGCUGUCAAAGGACCCUGACCCUAUACCUUUGAAACACAACAUGCGAUUUUAUGCUGCUCUUCCAGGUCAGCAGCACUGCUAUUUCCUCAACAAGGAUGCUCCUCUUCCAGAUGGUAGAAGUCUACAGGGAACCCUUGUUAGCAAAAUCACCUUUCAGCACCCUGGCCGGGUUCCUCUUAUCCUGAAUCUGAUCAGACACCAAGUGGCCUAUAACACCCUAAUUGGAAGCUGUGUCAAAAGAACUAUUCUGAAAGAAGAUUCUCCUGGGCUCCUCCAAUUUGAAGUGUGUCCCCUCUCAGAAUCCCGUUUCAGCGUAUCUUUCCAGCACCCUGUGAAUGACUCCCUGGUGUGUGUGGUCAUGGAUGUGCAGGACUCAACACAUGUGAGCUGUAAACUCUACAAGGGGCUGUCAGAUGCACUCAUCUGCACAGAUGACUUCAUUGCCAAAGUUGUGCAGAGAUGUAUGUCCAUCCCUGUGACGAUGAGGGCUAUUCGGAGGAAAGCUGAAACCAUUCAGGCCGACACUCCAGCACUGUCCCUCAUUGCAGAGACAGUUGAAGACAUGGUGAAAAAGAACCUGCCCCCGGCUAGCAGCCCAGGGUAUGGCAUGACCACAGGCAGCAACCCAAUGAGUGGUACCACUACACCAACCAACACCUUUCCGGGGGGUCCCAUUACCACCUUGUUUAAUAUGAGCAUGAGCAUCAAAGAUCGGCAUGAGUCGGUGGGCCAUGGGGAGGACUUCAGCAAGGUAUCUCAGAACCCAAUUCUUACCAGUUUGUUGCAAAUCACAGGGAACGGGGGGUCUACCAUUGGCUCGAGUCCGACCCCUCCUCAUCACACGCCGCCACCUGUCUCUUCGAUGGCCGGCAACACCAAGAACCACCCGAUGCUCAUGAACCUUCUUAAAGAUAAUCCUGCCCAGGAUUUCUCAACCCUUUAUGGAAGCAGCCCUUUAGAAAGGCAGAACUCCUCUUCCGGCUCACCCCGGAUGGAAAUGUGCUCGGGAAGCAACAAGGCAAAGAAGAAGAAGUCAUCAAGGUUACCACCUGACAAACCCAAGCACCAGACUGAAGAUGACUUUCAGAGGGAGCUAUUUUCAAUGGAUGUUGACUCACAGAACCCUAUCUUUGAUGUCAACAUGACAGCUGACACGCUGGAUACGCCACACAUCACUCCAGCUCCAAGCCAGUGUAGCACUCCCCCAACAACUUACCCACAACCAGUACCUCAUCCCCAAUCCAGUAUUCAAAGGAUGGUCCGACUAUCCAGUUCAGACAGCAUUGGCCCGGAUGUAACUGAUAUCCUUUCAGACAUUGCAGAAGAAGCUUCUAAGCUUCCCAGCACUAGUGACGAUUGUCCACCCAUUGGCACCCCUGUUCGAGAUUCUUCAAGCUCUGGGCAUUCUCAGAGUGCCCUCUUUGACCCUGAUGUCUUUCAAGCCAAUAAUAAUGAAAAUCCAUACACUGAUCCAGCUGACCUUAUUGCAGAUGCUGCUGGAAGCCCCAGUAGUGACUCUCCUACCAAUCAUUUCUUUCCUGAUGGAGUAGAUUUCAAUCCUGAUUUGUUGAACAGCCAGAGCCAAAGUGGUUUUGGAGAAGAAUAUUUUGAUGAAAGCAGCCAAAGUGGAGAUAAUGAUGAUUUCAAAGGAUUUACAUCUCAGGCACUAAAUACUUUGGGGGUGCCAAUGCUUGGAGGUGAUAAUGGGGAGACUAAGUUUAAAGGCAAUAGCCAAGCUGACACAGUUGAUUUCAGUAUAAUAGCAGUGGCUGGUAAGGCUUUGGGUCCUACAGAUCUUAUGGAGCAUCACAGUGGUAGCCAGAGUCCUUUAUUGACCACUGGGGACUUAGGGAAAGAAAAGACUCAAAAGAGAGUAAAGGAAGGCAAUGGCACCAGUAACAGUAGUCUAUCAGGGCCAGGAUUAGACAGCAAACCAGGGAAGCGCAGUCGAACCCCUUCUAAUGAUGGCAAAAGCAAAGAUAAGCCUCCAAAACGGAAGAAGGCAGACACUGAGGGAAAGUCUCCAUCUCACAGUUCUUCUAACCGACCUUUCACCCCACCUACUAGUACAGGUGGAUCCAAAUCUCCAGGCAGUUCAGGAAGAUCUCAGACUCCCCCAGGUGUUGCCACACCACCCAUUCCCAAAAUCACUAUUCAGAUUCCUAAGGGAACCGUGAUGGUGGGCAAGCCCUCCUCUCACAGUCAGUAUACCAGCAGUGGUUCUGUGUCUUCCUCAGGAAGUAAAAGCCACCAUAGCCAUUCUUCCUCGUCUUCUGCUUCCAACUCAGGCAAGAUGAAAAGCAGUAAAUCAGAAGGUUCAUCAAGCUCCAAGUUAAGUAGCAGUAUAUAUUCUAGCCAGGGGUCUUCGGGAUCUAGCCAGUCCAAAAAUUCAUCCCAGUCUGGGGGGAAGCCUGGCUCCUCUCCUAUUACCAAGCAUGGACUGAGCAGUGGUUCCAGCAGCACCAAGAUGAAACCUCAAGGGAAGCCAUCAUCACUUAUGAAUCCUUCUUUGAGUAAACCAAACAUAUCCCCUUCCCAUUCAAGGCCACCUGGAGGCUCUGAUAAGCUUGCCUCUCCAAUGAAGCCUGUUCCUGGGACUCCCCCAUCCUCUAAAGCCAAGUCUCCUAUCAGUUCAGGUUCUGGUGGUUCUCACAUGUCUGGAACUAGUUCAAGCACUGGCAUGAAGUCAUCUUCAGGGUUAGGAUCUUCAGGCUCAUUGUCUCAGAAAACUCCCCCAUCAUCUAACUCUUGUACAGCAUCUUCCUCUUCCUUUUCCUCAAGUGGCUCUUCCAUGUCAUCCUCUCAGAACCAGCAUGGGAGUUCCAAAGGGAAAUCUCCCAGCAGAAAUAAGAAGCCGUCCUUAACAGCUGUCAUAGAUAAACUGAAGCAUGGGGUUGUCACCAGUGGCCCUGGGGGUGAAGACCCAAUGGACGGCCAGGUGGGGGUGAGCACAAAUUCUUCUAGCCAUCCUGUGUCCUCCAAACAUAACAUGUCAGGAGGAGAGUUCCAGGGCAAGCGUGAGAAAAGUGAUAAAGACAAAUCAAAGGUUUCCACCUUGGGGGGCUCGGUGGAUUCAUCUAAGAAGACCUCAGAGUCAAAAAAUGUGGGAAGCACGGGUGUGGCAAAAAUUAUCAUCAGCAAGCAUGAUGGGGGAUCCCCCAGCAUUAAAGCCAAAGUGACUUUGCAGAAACCUGGGGAAAGUAGUGGAGAAGGGCUGAGGCCUCAGAUGGCCUCUUCCAAAAACUAUGGCUCUCCACUCAUCAGUGGUUCCACUCCAAAGCAUGAGCGUGGCUCUCCCAGUCAUAGUAAGUCACCAGCAUAUACCCCCCAGAAUCUGGACAGUGAGAGUGAGUCAGGCUCCUCCAUAGCAGAGAAGUCUUAUCAGAACAGUCCCAGCUCAGAUGAUGGCAUCCGACCUCUUCCAGAGUACAGCACAGAGAAGCAUAAGAAGCACAAAAAAGAGAAGAAGAAAGUAAAAGACAAAGAUAGGGACCGGGACCGGGACAAAGACCGAGACAAGAAAAAAUCUCAUAGCAUCAAGCCAGAGAGUUGGUCUAAAUCACCCAUCUCUUCAGACCAGUCCUUGUCUAUGACAAGUAACACAAUCUUAUCUACAGACAGGCCCUCAAGGCUUAGCCCUGACUUUAUGAUUGGGGAGGAAGAUGACGAUCUUAUGGAUGUGGCCCUGAUUGGCAACUAGGAACCUUACUUUUUAAAGCAAAAACCAUGGCCAGAGAAAAACUAAGUGUAUAGGCAAAUCACCAUAAGGAGUGAGACAGGUCUGAUUUUGUGUUUUAAGAAUCUUAAAUGGCAUGGCUUUGACACCAAGUGGGGUGAAUUUAGAAAGGCAUAGCCAGACCCUACUAAAGAGACCAUAGGGUUUGAUUCUGGUUACCACGAAUCACUUGUUCCUUUGCCAGGGGAAAAAAAAAAAAAGUUAAAAUACUUGCUUAUGAAAG